AUGGGAAGCAUUAGUUUUCUAGUCAUGCAUUCUGGAAGGUGGAACGAGGAUAAUUGCUACGUUGAUUACAAUAUAGAAGCAAUUGUGAUAAAAGAAUAUGUGACAUUUAGGGAAUUAUUAGAUGUUGUUUCUAAGCAAAUUUGUGUUGAUUUGAGCUUUAACAGUGUGAAACUUAGGUAUAAAAUAGAGGGUAGUAAUGCACCUUUGGAAAUACACAACGACAUGGGUGUGAGGGUGUAUGUGUCUUUGAAGAAAGAUAACAAGGAAUUGGCAAAGUAUCCUCUAUGUGUAUCCGUAUUUGUGAAUGAUUGUGAAUUGGCUGAUAGAAAUAUUUUGGAAGAUGGAUUUGGAAUGUGUGGAAUAGAUGGAGAAGAUAUAGUUGAUACACAAGCAUUAGUGCUUAGUGUGCCGAACAAUAACGAUUACAUGAAUUGCGACAUUAUUACAAACACCAAACAUAAGGUAGUAUUGGAAGAUCAAGUUUAUAAGGACAAGGAAACUUUAAAAUCUGUGAUGACGCAAUACGCAAUUGAGCAUAGAUUCCAAUGGAGAACAGACAGAUCAAGUCAAACAUGUUAUACACUUGUUUGUGUGUCUGAGAAAUGUGGAUGGAUGUUGAAGUCGUCAAGUAUCAAUAAAUCUGGAAUGUUUAGAAUUAGAAAAUUCGUAGAUGAGCACACAUGUCCAUUGAAAGAUAAGGUGUAUGAUCAUCGACAGGCAACAAGCAAUCUUAUUAGAGGUAUGAUCCAACCCAAAUUAGUUGAUCAUAAAAGGAAGUUAACGCCAAAGGAUAUACACCAAGAUGUCAGCCUUGCACUUGGAGUAGAUGUAUCGUAUGCAGUGGCAUGGAAGGCUAAGGAAAAGGCUGUAAUUUCUUUAAGGGGGACACCAUCUGGAUCUUAUAGUAAAUUGCCGAGCUACUUAUACAUAUUGGACACUACCUACCCUGGAUCACAUAUAAGGAUGAAGAAAACCGAUGAAAAUCAGUUUUUGUAUCUUUAUAUUUCUCUCUUCCCGUUCAUAAAAGGUUUUGAAUGUUGUAGACCAAUUGUCGUAGUUGAUGGCAACCAUCUCAGGGGGACGUAUAAUGGUACAUUUGUUUCUGCGAGUACUGUUGAUAGAGCAGGAAAUAUAUUGCCGCUAGCAUAUGGAAUUAUUGAUUCGGAAAAUGAUGCAUCCUGGACUUGGUUUUUUGAACAGUUUAGAGUGGCUCAUGGAGUUAAAGAUAACAUGUGUGUUGUAUCUGAUCGAAACAAGAGUAUUAUAAAGGCAGUUUCAAGGGCAUACAAACAAUCAAAAUUCGAUGAAUUGAUGGAAAAGGUUGAACAAGUUGAUGUUCGUGUAAAGAAUUACUUGGAAUCGGCAGGUUAUGAAAAAUGGGCUAGGGUAUAUGCAACAGUUGAUCGAGGAUUUGUUAUGACAUCAAACAUAGCUGAGUGCAUAAAUGCAUGUCUGGUUGAAGCAAGGGAAUUACCAGUAUACGAUUUUCUUGAGGAAGUAAGACAGAUGUUUGCAAGAUGGAAUUUAAAAAAUCAUGCGUCUGCUUCACAUACUUUCACCACACUUUGUGGUAAACCUCAAAAGAUGCUUGUUGCUAAUGAAGAAGCAUCAUUACGUAUGAAGAUUGUACCAUCAAAUAAUUAUGUGUACAGUGUUCAUCACGAAGGUAGAACCUAUAUUGUUUGUUUGGAAAAUAAAACUUGUACUUGCAAGAGGUUUCAAUUGGAUGAAAUACCAUGUUCGCAUGCUUGGGCCGUUUUAAAGAAGAAACAUCUUGAUGUUGGACCAUAUUGUUCCGACAUGUACAAGCCAAUGCGGCCUCCAAAGUACAAAAAGCUACCUGGAAGGCCAUCCAAGAAGUAUCGUGACAAGGCGUACAUCGAGCUAUAUGGGAAGAAGAGCAAGAAUUCUUGCAGUACUUGUGGGUUUAAGGGGCACAAUAGGCAUUCAUGUAGGAAUGGACCACGUAUUGUUUAG